CUCCUGGCUAGGCGAACACACCGCAUACUUGAUCGGCACGAGAGGGCCAUUGUAACACUCUGCCCAGGACCCGCAGAUGCUGAUGGCUGGCACAAGGACCUAGGGGAGCUGGGCGGGGACUUUCAGCUCUUGGCCGAGGAGUACGAGGAGGACGUCCCUGACACGAGACGAGGAGCGUAUGUGGCGGUGGAUACUGGGGUUUCUAUGGGGAUGGGUUCAAUGGAACCAGCUCGAUGGGUAAAGAAGACCAAGCGAGCAGAAGAUCUAGAGGAACGCCUCUUGGGGAACAGAAUAUUGGGCAAUGUGGCAGGGUGGCAAAGCACGUUGCUCUGUUAUGCAUAUCCCAGGAUCUGGCUUCGAGCUCGCCACACCAUGGCACGUCUUCGCCAGCGACGACCUCACGUCAAAUUCAACUUUCCUGGCCGCACAGUCUACAGCAGCAUGACGGCCAACAUGGGCCCACAGACAGUCACGCUUCCCCAUCUGGACAGCCUGAACUAUCCAGGCUGUCCGUGUGCGGUUACGGCGUGGGGCCACUAUAACCCUGACCUUGGGGGACACCUUUACUUCCCCACCCUCCGCAUCUACAUCAGAUUCCCCCCUGGCUGUACAGUGUUCCUUUCAUCUGCAGCUCUCAGGCAUGGUAACAUCGCGGUGCAAGAGGGGGAGAUAAGGUACUCUGUCACUCAGUACAUGUCAGGUGGACUGGUGAGGUGGGUGCAGGCGAAGGGGCGGCGUGUUAACCAGAUGUUGGGCGAGGGGGAGCGCACGAGGGUGGAUGGAGCACCGGGCGAUAAUUGGAAGCGGCAGAUGGCUCGCUUCCCCACCCCUGCGACGUUAGAGUCUCAGAGGGAGUCAGUUCGCAGGCAGGCGUUGAAGGAGAAGGCCAAGCGUGAAGAGUGGAAGGGCAGGUAG